CCCACCUUUUUCCCUCUCUUUCCCUCUCUCUCCCCCUUCUCUCUCUCUCUCUCUCUCUCUCUCUCUCUCUCUGAUAGAUAUCGCCUCCGUCAGUUGUCAUCACCUCUCUCUCCAAAUUCCAACUUCGAAGAAAACGCAGAGAGGCCGGAAGGGCCUGAGAUAUGGGGAAAUACAUGAAGAAAUCGAAAAUUUUCGGCGACGUAGCCGUGAUGGAGGUCUCCAUUUCGCCGCAGUCCUCUCUCGGAGUUCGGACCAGAGCCAAAACCCUAGCCCUCCAAAAGCUCCAGCAGCAGCAGCAGCAGAAGCAAGAGAAUCAAGAUCAAUCCCCCUCCGGAGAAUCGGACUCAGAUAGCUCCUCCCUGUACUACCUCCAGCUCAGGAGCCGCCGUCUAGAGAAACCCCCGUUGCGAAACGACGCCGUCAAGAAGCAGAGCCAGAGCGGCGGAAUUAAUGAGCCCUCGGAGAAGCCCGGAGGAGCUUGCUGCGGGGAAAGCCGACGGGGGCCGGUGGAAUCGAGGCCCAAAUCAAGGCUGAGCGUGGGCUCGUCGGUGGAGUUGGACUGGGCUGGACCCGUUGAGAGGAAGGAGAAGGAAGGGGAGGAGGGGUGUUUUGGUAAUUUCGGAAGUGGAGCAGAGUAUGGUAACGAUUUGGGGGUCGAGGCUUCGUUUGGGGAAAACAACUUGGAUUUUGAAGCCAGAGACAGGAGCACUAGAGAAACCACGCCGUGCAGCUUCAUAAGGGAGUCGGACACAAUUGGAACCCCCGGUUCCACCACAAGGCGGACGAGUUCUAUUUCAACUCACCGGAGAGUUAGAAACAAUGUGCAAAGAAAUAUCCCAACCACGCUUGAGAUGGAGGAGUUCUUUGCCCGACAUGAGGAGGAGCAACAGAAAAUCUUCAUUGAGAAGUACAACUUUGACAUCAUCAACGAUUUACCCCUUCCUGGAAGGUAUGAAUGGGAGCAAGUGAUUCCCUAAGCAGAGCCUGCCUAUAUAUUUCAGGUUCUGAUACCAUAGUAUCUCAGUUGUUAUCUUGAUGACCAUUAGAAGGACGUGCUGGGAAAUAGCGGGUGCAGCAUCCAAAAUCAACCUUUUAAGCCCAUGCCAAGGGAACUUAUAUGAGUAUGACCAUCAUUCGACGAAUAAUAACAGAGCUAUGAAGUAGUCGAUAGCGUAUAAAACCAAAUUCUUUGACAAAAGAAUGAAGGGGCUCCUUUGAGAAGAGAUCGGGAAAGAGUGCCUGGUUCUGUGACAUAUCUAAUUUAGUAGAUUUUCACUUUGUCAUGUCUUAAAUGAACUACUGUCAAUAUUUAGGGUAGGAACGACUCAAAGAGUGCAUGUGCUCUUUGGAGGUUAAUAAACGUAACUCAAUUUCCUUUUCCCAUAUCUCUCUUGUGUCGUUUCAUUUGUUGACGAUGACUAAUUAAAUGGAUGACAAACCCUAAAAACCCCUUAGGUGUUGUGGGUCGUUGUUGUUGAUGAUGAUGUUUCCCUGUAGGAAAUCUCAAGUAAGAUUGCCGCUUUCAGAUGUUGGUUGUUUUCUUGUUACAGGUAAGAUUGUUUCUGCAUUGCUUGUUUUGACUUGUUGUAAGGAGUUAGAUUUUGUGAUGGAUAUUGGUUAGGGUUUGGAGUUAUCUUUGUCCAUGGACCCGAUUGCACCCAAUUGGACUGGUUGGUUGGAUUAGACUGGCAUGUGUAAUUGUUUCAAUUAGUUUCUGUGUUCAACUUGUUGAAUUAGGGUUUGGAAGUUUUGAGUGCAAAAACUGGUCCAUCUGCCCAAUCUUUUUCAGAAAUAAUGGCGGCCUUGGGAGGAGUUUGACCUCACAGACAAGUUACAGUUUGAGCUUCAACUUUUUGUAUUGCUGUUUGUACGAGUGUACAGGGGUUUUAAUUAUUCUUGCCCAAUGAUAUGUACCAGUAAUGAUAUAAACACGUAAUCUCGUUUUUUAAAAUAA